UCUGAUCUGAUCACGUUUGAUCGUUUGUUUACAAAUUAAAAAAUUUGGUUAUCUGUUGUUCAUAAUAUUUUAAAUAGUUGAGAUUUAGUUGAUCAAUUGCCUUAUCUGUAAAUAGAAGGUUAAUGAAUGCGUGCUAGUCUGCUUAUCUUAAAUAUCGUUAAUUUCGCCAAAUCGUCGUUUUCAUUUCUGCAAUUUACUUUCGACGUUCAUGGGAAAAUAUGAACAACGCUAAAAAAUUACGCGUAGGAACUCACGACGAUUACGAUUCAGAUUUUGAAGACGAUGAGGACGACGAGAAAAAGCACAAGCGGGCCCAGCGCGAGGACCUAGCGCGGAAAAAAGAUCAGGCAGGUUGUUCGAAAACGAGUACAAAUCAUGCUUCAGGUUUGCCUACAAGGGAAGCUUUUGAAACAGAACGUGGCCGUGCGGAUGGGUACAAAUAUUCCUACCUGAGCCUUAACGCCUUUGAACGACACAAGAAGCUUAUCAAUGAUUAUUACCUUUUCUAUCCGGGAUCGAAAAAUACAUUUCAGAGGGACACGUCACGAGAUAAGACGGAUCACGACAUCGUGAGAGAUAAUCAUCGCUUCAUUUGGACCGAUGAUGACGAUGCGGACACCUGGGAGAAACAAAUGUCCAAGAAAUACUAUGAUAAGCUUUUUAAGGAAUACUGCAUUUGUGAUUUAUCAUUUUAUAAGCAAGCAAAGUAUGCAAUGCGUUGGAGAACGGAAACUGAAGUAAUUAACGGAAAAGGACAAUUUACUUGCGGUGCGAGAAAAUGUGACAAUUCCACCGAACUUCGAUCCUGGGAAGUAAAUUUUGCCUAUAUGGAAGAUUCAGUAAAGAAAAAUGCUCUAGUGAAACUCAGACUCUGCCCUGAGUGCUCUGAAAAGUUGAAUCAUCACCAAAAGAGAAAAGACGUUACAAAAGUUCCAAAGAUAAAGAAAAGAAGGAAACAUUCCAAGCACUCAGAUAAAGAAAAACGAAACUCAGACUCGACCACCGCUUCACAAAGCAAUCAAGUUGACGCACAAGGAGAAAAUGCAGACAAGUCGGAGAAUAUUUGGAAAGAUUCACUUCCAACUGUAGAUGUUAAAUCUAGAGAAGAAGAAUUCGAUGAAUAUCUUGGGGACCUAUUUUUGUAGAACACACAAACCUAAUACUACCCAUCAAAUCCUUGUUAUGUACAUUUGCUUGUUUACAUAUUUCCUUAUGAAAUGAAACUAAAAUGAUUGUAAACUAUUCCGUAAUAUUUCUCAAGGCAUAAUAAAAGUACGCAUGUUAUGUAAAUACAAAAAUAAAGACUUAACGAUUA